AUGUCGUCGACGUUGGCAAAAUAUGAAAAUUUCCUCGUGAAGAAUGUCUCUACCAUCUCCACCCUCGAAUCUACCCUGAGGUCGGUAACAUGGUUUCUGCCUGGACGGUUCAAAGAUGCCGAUCUUGCCUCAGAGGGCUUGUCUGCAAUACUCCAUGUGUCCAGCAUGUAUCAUGAUACCCUGCUGGCCAGAGUUGUGCAGAGUGAUCCUCAUUGGAAGCCCAUACUUCCCAUCCCCUUGCACACGCGCUAUACCCGCGCCUGGUCAGACAAGGAAAUGUCAUACAAAUGGGCCGCUCGAGCUCUAGAGCUUAUUCGCUUUACCCAGCUCCUCGCUGAAAUGGUGCUUCGGAGGAAAGUCUCGGACAAGAACCGGUGGAGAGGCAUUGUGUUCCUUGAGACUCUGAAAAUGAUUUUGCGGUUCACACUGCUCAAGAUCACGACAAGACCACUCUUAUCUCCUCCAAUUCCAGAACGUGAUAUUGAUCCAGCCUCCUUGUCGCCUUCCUCCACACAUACUUCUCCAACGCUUGCUCCCACUUCUCCGUCGUCUUCUUUCCCGCCGACUCCGGAUCACCUCAAGAACAAUCACAUCCCCUUGCAGCCAAAUGCUUUGAUGCUCACACCCCCACCACCUGUUCGUGCUGACACAUCAGUGGAGGAUUAUCUCCUCCCUAAAGCUCUUACAACGUCAUCUGUCAAGCCUUCUAUGUUACUCAUGAAGCCUAUGUCAUCGCCCUUGGAGUGCAUUUCUGAGUUCAUUUAUAUCAUACGCCCUUGGGUUUAUGCAAUUAUGUUAAGCACCAAGAAAUACAAGGACAAGGCUCUCGUGAUCGCUUUUGCCAUGGAGCUCGCCUCUCGUAAUUUGAGGCGGACGCCAGUCACAUUCUGCGACCUUGGAACAGACAGGGAUAUUCUCUGGUACAUUUUGCGUGGUUCUGUAUGGGAGACAUAUUCGCGGCCCAAGAUUGAGGCUCUCGUGGAGAAGACUGCUAAUACGCCAAUACUCGGGGUUCUCAGUUCCAUCGUGAAGGAUUGGAUACCUCUUGUUGACGAAUACUAUUAUUGUGAGUAA